AUGUCGGGGGGAGGCUACCUCAACGGCACAGCGGAGGCGAUGGCAUACAGCGGCCUCGUGUGGACCAAUGUUCCUGUUCUGUACUGCAUCUCAAUCACCAUUGCUGGAGUGUUCUACGCGCCUAAGAUGAGGAGAGGUGGAUACAUCACCAUGUUCGACCCCAUACAGGCAAAGGUUGGCGGUCGUGCCGGGAGUAUGCUCUUCUUCCCGCAGCUUAUGGGAGAUGUCUUCUGGACUGCAGCCAUCUUGUCAGCUCUGGGGUCCACCAUGUCCCUUAUCCUGGACCUGGACCCUGUUCUAUCCAUCAUCGUGUCCAGCUGUGUGUCCGUGUUCUACACCUUUAUAGGUGGGCUGUACUCUGUGGCCUACACUGAUGUCAUCCAACUCAUCUGUCUCUCCGUGGGACUGAUUGUGUCAUGUCCCUUUGCCUUCUUCCACCCAUCUGUUGACCUGUCCAGAGUCCAGGACACUUGGGUUGGUGAGAUACACAGAAACCAGAUCGGUUCUUAUGCAGAUCUCUGUUGCCAAAUCAUAUUUGGCGGUCUACCAUGGCAGGUGUUCUACCAGAGAGUUUUGGCUUGCAAGACACCAAGUAUUGCCCGUACAAGUUCUAUCCUGGCAGCGCUGUGUAGCUUACUUCUUGCCAUACCCCCAGCGGCUGUUGGAAUAGUUGGAUCCGCAACAGAUUGGAAUGCCACAACCUACGAUGGCGAAAUCCCAAUACCAAAAGAAUAUCAUAGCUUUGUCCUUCCCAUGGUGCUCAACUACCUGUGUCCACUUCCGGUGGCAGUGUUGGGACUGGGUGUGGUGGCAGCUGCUGUCAUGUCAUCUGCCGACUCCUCGGUCCUCUCUAGUGGAACCAUCUUUGCUAAGAAUAUCUACAAAGACGUCAUACGUCCACAGGCCAGCGACCGAGAAGUGAUGUGGGUCUUGAGAGGUGGUAUACUGGUCACUGGUACAUUGUCAUGCGUGCUUGCCAUCAUGGUGAAGACGGUAUACGGAUUGUAUUACAUGUGUUCCGACCUCAUGUACGUCAUCCUGUUCCCCCAACUCACCUGCGUUCUCUGGAUCGGGUUCACCAACACCUACGGCUCUCUCACCGGCUACAUCCUCAGCCUCUUUCUGAGAGUGGCUGCUGGGGACGUCCUCCUUGGAAUACCGCCUCUCAUUCACUUUCCAUAUUACACAGAAGCUGACGGCCAAUUGUUCCCUUUCAAGACACUGGCGAUGGUAGUCAACUUUGUGGCCAUCUUAUCUGUAUCAGCGUUCACUAGGCUUAUAUUCCGACGAGGCUGGCUGUCCACCAGAUGGGAUGUGUUUAAUGUGAUAAAGAGAGAAGAGGACGCCAAGAGAACUGAAGAGAGAGGAGAAAAUCUGAUGAUGAAGGAACGAGAUCAUGGUAACAGAGACCUGGAUUAUGCACAAAAUGAGAAGAUGAAACUUAGGGAUAACGACAUGCAAUGAACCCUUUCUUAGUCAUGACGUAUAUCUAGUCUGACCAAUGUGUCAAUGUGAAUAGAUACCAGUAGAGAGAGAGAUGGCCAACAUAGUUUUUAUACAAAGUCUUGUGUAUGAAGGACGUUAAGUAUAUGUCCCAAAGGCAAUUUUCAUGUCAUGGUAGAUAAUACUUCAGUGUAUGGAGUUGACCUCAGUUGCAUGGUUUCGAUGCUUACAAGAGUGGCGCUUGCUGGAAUGUUUAGUAUGUUGACCUCAGACACUGAUAACAUUGGAGAGUUGCUGAAAUGUUGAACUGAGAUUGCCCGUCAUGAAAUUAUCUCAUCAUUACGUGUUGAAUCCUCGGGCCCCUGUCCAUCCCGCCUUGACAUACAUGUUAUCGUAAACAAUGUACUAUGAAUAUAGUGAGACGCAUGUA